AUGUCAACGCACGAAGAGCCUUCAAUGAAAGAGCCUGAGACCGAUGGUGUUAUAGGCAGUCCCCGCACAGCAAAAAGCCGUGUACUAGAAACCGGAGCUGCCAUUGUCCAAGACUUCACACCGAUCAAGCAAAUAUGUGCACACUUGAACGCAUUCCACGUAUACGCCAGUGAUCCAACCCGCUGCGUUGAAGCGAACCAUUAUUGCACGCAUCUAACAGAAGAUGUACGACAAUGUCUCGUCUAUGACUCGCCAGCCGCCAAUGCCCGCUUGAUCGGGGUAGAGUAUCUUAUCUCUCCGCGUGUAUAUGAGACGCUCCCAUCCGAAGAACGCAAGCUAUGGCAUACACACGAAUUCGAAGUGAAGAGCGGCAUGCUCAUCAUGCCUGCGCCAGCUGGUGUGCCUACUUCAGUUUGGGAGGCAGCAGAAACAGCCGAGAUGAACGACAUUGUGCCGUGUUAUGGAAAGACGUAUCAUUUUUGGCAGAUUGAUCGGGGCGACGUGGUGCCACUGGGAGCACCACAGUUGAUGGGGAGUUUCACGACACAUGAUAAUGUGAAGGUUGCCUGUCCAGGUGGCCUGGACGAGUUGCUUCGAGAGCGAGAUGAGAGAUUCAAGGUUGAUUAUCGGCACAAGGCGAAGGAAAGAGAGGGAAUUCCGGACACCGAGAAGCAUUCAGGUAUGUCUCGUAUGCGGGCGUUGAUACUUUGGACUGGGCUGAUUGAUUGCCUUCUUAGAUGCUGA